CAGAGAUGCUAGUGGAUUUGUUAUCUAACGAUGCCUAUGACAAAUCAGUUUCCGAAGAACUUCGUAAGCUACUGUCAACUUGAUCACUGAUGCAUGCAUCAGACCUGUUAUUCCUGUGUGAGUGAAGUUCCAUCAAGUCUCAAUGAAGUCACAUAGCUUCAGGAAGACCAAGUCCAAAAUAUUCCUGAUUGCUUUGCUGAUACUAGUCACAUUCUCCGCGAUGAUUUAUCGAAACCCAGCUUUUAAUCCUAUUGAGGGAUUUGUUAAAUCAUCAUGUAUCGGAAGAGCGCCUCAAAGUGUUAAACCAUUAGCUGCUGAAAAGGAUUCAUCUGAAGCUACAACGAUUCCAAAUGACAAGCUGUUUGGGGGACUUUUGGCACCUGGGUUCGACAAAGAAUCUUGCGUUAGCAGGUACCAAUCAGGCUUAUAUCGCAAAGCUUCUCCGCAUAAGCCUUCUUCAUAUCUCAUCUCCAAGCUACGAAACUACGAGAAUCUGCAUAAAAGAUGUGGACCUUAUACAGAAUCAUACAACAAAAGCCUUGUUGAACUCCAAGCAGGCUAUAAAAAGAGUAGUAGUACCAGCACAGAAUGUAAAUACUUAGUCUGGUUACCUCACAGUGGUCUGGGGAACAGAAUACUGUCAAUGGCAUCUGCAUUUCUUUACGCUCUCCUGACAAACCGUGUCCUCCUCGUCGAACAUGAACUUGAUAUGGCUGACAUAUUCUGUGAUCCAUUCCCUAACACAUCAUGGUUGCUGCCAAUAGAUUUUCCUCUCAAAAAUGAUUUCAAUGGCUUCAACAUGAGAUAUCCUGAAAAAUUCGGGAACAUUGUAAGGAGAAACGAUGUAAACGUCUCACCAGAGUCGCCGGUACCUGCAUUCAUUUAUGUUCAUCUGGAACAUGACUACAACUAUCAUGACAUGCUGUUCUUUUGUGAUCAAAAUCAAGCCUUUCUUGACAGAGUCCCCUGGUUGAUCACAUUGUCGGAUAAUUACUUCAUCCCAGCACUUUUCAUGAUGCCAUCUUUUGAGCAGGAACUGAACAAAUUGUUUCCGGAUAAGGAAAAAGUUUUUCAUUUUCUGGGUCGAUACCUUUUUCAUCCUUCAAAUCAAGUUUGGGGAAAGAUCACAAGGUUCUACAAUGCAUUCUUAGCCAAGGCAGACGAGAAGAUUGGUAUCCAAGUAAGAGUGUUCGACGCCAAAACCAGUCCGUUUCAAAGCAUUAAGGACCAAAUUCUGGGUUGUGCACUAAGAGAGAAACUGCUUCCAGACACAGAUAAACAAAAUGCAACACCUUCCAAGCUUGAAAACCAGACGUCGAAGGCUGUACUGAUAACAUCGUUGUAUCCGGAGUACUACGAGAGCUUAAGGAACAUGUAUUUGGAGGAAUCAACUGUGACUGGAGAGGUGAUUAGUGUAUACCAGCCAAGUCAUGAAGUGAAACAAGUAUUUGGGAACAAUGUGCACAAUAUGAAGGCAUGGGCUGAGAUGUAUCUGCUUAGUUUGAGUGAUGUGCUGAUCACAAGUUCUUGGUCUACUUUUGGAUAUGUAGCUCAAGGACUUGGAGCCUUGAAGCCAUGGAUUCUGUACAAGCCAGAGGAUCCUAAGACACCUGAUCUGCCUUGUUUCAAAGGGGUUUCAAUAGAACCUUGUUUUCAUAGCCCGCCAGUGUACGAAUGCAAAGCAAAGAUCAAAGUUGACACUGGUGCCUUAGUUCCUCAUGUGAAGCAUUGUGAAGAUAGAAUUCAAGGAAUCAAGCUGUUUAACAGUUGACAGAUGAUUGGAGAGGAUAAGUUUUAAGAAUAAAUGCUUGAAUCUUAUUCAAACAAACACACUCAUCAAACAAAUUCAAUACACAGACACUAUAUUGCGUCUGUCCUUUA